AAAAUAAAUUCAAGAGAUUGCAAGAUAACGAUUUCGAUCCACAUUCAAAAUGAUUUUGUUUAACUGAUGAAUAAUGACAGAAGUGAGUUUGGUUUAUGACCGCAUCGACACGACAUUUCUGGCAAAUGAGACGGACAAUUGUCGUCUGCCUUCGAGGAUUACUCAGCUGAGAUAUGUCAAACGGAACAACAAUGCCACAAGUGUCUGGCACAUUUCCAGCGGCCGCUGUUCUGCCUCUUUGAAUGUUUUCCAGUUUUGCUUUGGACGGAAACAUCGGAAAACCUGCUAUUUGAUUAAACAAGAUAGGAUGCAGAGGUGUCCCUAUCUCCACGAAAUGAAAGAGAGGUUACUCACUCAAGGUGGCUCAGAACACCUGCUCCUGGAGCCGGUGGAUUCCGACAUCCUGGAGAUCCCUGGAGAUGGCCAGGGCGUGCCUACAAUCGUUAAGCUUAAUUCGGACGGCUACGGAUCGCACACAUCACCAACUCACCAUCUUCUGCCUCAGCCGCAAUGCCACCUUCAGCACUAUCCACAAUACGAUACAGACGACCAUCACGAUCGGCCCAAAAAUGCCAAGACAUCACUUUUUAUUAUUAUGAGUUUUAUAUAUGCGAAGCUUCUGGUGGUGAUAUGUAUAGCAUAUGUUGUGUCAGAAGUAGUAACUCAUAGUCUACCUCUUCCGUAUUACGAGGGUUUCUUUACAUACUUGUAUGGUACAAGCAUUUUGUUCCUACUGUAUGUUUUCUGUUUCCUCUUGCAAGAGAGUUCUUGCUGUCAAGGUGGAGAGCCGAAGCCUCCCAAGCCAAAGAAGGAAAAGAAAGAGAAAGAGAAUAAGAAAAAUCAGAAAAAAGAGAACAAGGAAAAAGAAAAGAAAGAGAAAGAGAAGGAAAAAGAGAAGGCCAAAGAGAAAGAAAAAGAAAAGGAAAAAGAAGGCAAAAAGGACAAAAAGGAUAAAAAAGAUGGAAAAGAAAAAGAGAAGGAAAAGGAAAAGGAAGCAGCAGCACCUGUAUCAGCACCUCCACCGCCACCUCCUCCACAGGGCCAGAGAAACUCGAGAUCUAACAUUUUCCAGAACGAAGUAUACCCACGCAAAAUGCGUGAUGUGGUCCGCCAGAAGUCGGUCUGCGACGUGGACGAGAGUCAAAUGGGUUUGGGUACACUCAAGAAAAGUAAAGCAGGUGGAGAUGCUCAAUCCCAAGAAAAGCUGUCAGGAGGUGCGCCAGAUACGGUGGACAUUGAAGCCGCAGUCGUACCAAUGUCUUCUCCUGGUCGAAAACGGAAAACGUCUCAAAAUACAAACAGUCACGGAAGCUUUUUCCUAAGAGUCGGUGCAAUAGCUUUUGGUUUGGCUACAAUGAUAUAUAACGGUUUGGAAUUUGGUGCAUUUUUUGAAAUCCCAAUGCAUUCAACAUGUUACCAGAUUUUGAGGGGAGUCAACCCUGUUCUCCAAAUGGUUUUCACAUUCAUGCAAAUGUAUUUCAUAUUCAUGAAUUCAAGGUUGAAUAUUCACAAGUUUAAAGUGAUUGCCAGAUUUGGACUUAUGCAUAUUUGUGCCACAAACUUGUGUGUUUGGAUAAGAACUUUGGUCCUCGAGAGUCUUAAGGAAAUAUCGGCAUAUCUUGACCGUAACGUGACUGCUACCGUGGCACCCACCAUAGUCCCUGGAAGUGAUUUCAGUAACUUUUUGGGAAAACAUUCCGAAACAUUUCAAGGAGUUGCAACAAGUACUGUGCCAACAACAUUGGCGACAGUGGCCAAUUUAUUUCACAGGACAACUCGAACAGUUGCAACAACUACACAGCAAGUGAUUUAUACGGCCACAUCCUCUGCAAUGCCUAACACAACUACAUCAACCAAUAUGCCUCCAACCACUACCACUACCACGACCACCACUUCUCUUCCGCCGUUCUUUUCCUUCCUCAACUCGACUACCCUUUCCCCUUUUGCCCAUUUUUUCCCAUUGGCGAACAAUAAUAUCCCAGCUUUCAGUGGAUUGCAGUCUGAUAUUUCAGAAGAAAGUGAACCUCCACUCGCACCACAAGCUCUGGUCGACCACAGGUCAUUGUCAUCAGAAAAUUGCGAAAGAAAUAACAUAAUGGGGACUAUAGUACAAGAUUCGGCACCUUAUCUGUACCCAUUUAUUAUUGAAUACAGUUUAAUCGGAGCUGCAGUUAUAUACGUCAUGUGGAGACACAUCGGAAAAAACCCUCGCUAUCACACUGAAGAAGACCUUGAACACAGACUGGAAGUAAUUUUGUCACGAAGGGCAGUUGCAAUGGCUCACGCCCAGCAAGGCGGAAGGGUAGAUUGUGUAGGUGCGAGCAAAGGACUAUUUCUCGGGCUGCUACUUUUGGUCGCAUCUCUCAUAUGCCUUAUAUUGUUCUUUGUGCUCAUUCACAAUCCUAUGUUGAGCCUCUUGGCGAUUUAUCUGGCUGAUGUAUCUCACUGUGCGCUGAUGGUUCUAUCAAUAUUUGCUAUUAUUAUUGGUUUCAUAAGAAUUCAAGGACUUAAAUUCAAAGGAGAGGAGCAGAACGACUUAAAUGAUAUCCUUCUUCGAGUUUCUGCGUUUGGCCUUUUCAUUUAUGCUGUAUUCAGUGUCAUAGCGGGAUCUCUAACUGCCCUCACAAGUGAACCUAAUCUUCUGGUUAUGGUGACUGGUGUCCUCUCUAUAUUUCAAGUUGUUUUACAACUACUUUUCAUAUCGGAUGUGUCAAGGCGACGAGUGUACCUCCCAGAGCACGAUAGAAGUAAACCUGGCCGACAGAUUGUUACAUUCCUAUUGAUUGCAAAUGUCACUAUGUGGAUUAUUUAUACAUUUGAAAUGCAAAAGGUUGUGGCAAACCCUGUUCAGCUGGACUUUUACGGGUUCCUCGCUUGGUCGGUGGUACAAAGAAUUACUCUACCAUUGUGCAUUUUCCACCGAUUCCAUUCAGCUGUGACUCUUGCAGAAAUAUGGAAGACAAGUUACAAACCUCGUCUCGAUUAAAUCCGAGGGGUAAACCCUCUCUCAUACUUCAUGA